AAUUUAUACGUUACUUCACACUGUUCAUUCAGUAGACAACCUUCAUACACGAACAACAAUAUAAUUAUUGUACAUUUUAGUUCAAUUUCAGGUAUUUUUAACAAAAUAAAAUGGCUCCAACUUAUAAACUUUACUAUUUUGAUGUUGCCGGUAGAGGUGAAAUUAUUAGAUAUUUGUUAGCUUAUGGAAACCAAAGUUUCGAAGAUAUUAGAAUACCUAAAGAAGAAUGGCCUGAAUACAAGAAAAAAACUCCUUAUGGACAGCUUCCUGUUCUUGAAGUCGAUGGUAAACCAGUAGCCCAGAGUCUGGCUAUUGCCAGAUUUUUAGCGAAAAAAUUCAAUCUAGUUGGACAAAAUGAAUGGGAAGCCCUAAAAUGCGAUGAAUUGGUGGAUACACUUGGAGAUCUUGGACAAAAAGGUAUGAGGUAUUUCAGAGAAGCCGAUCCUGAAAAGAAAGAAACACUGAAGAAACAGCUGUUUGAAGAAGACGUGCCUUAUUAUUUAAGUAAAUUUGAGGCUGUAGUGUCUAAAAACGGAGGAUACACAGUUGGAUCACAGCUUACAUGGUCCGAUUUUCAAUUUGCCGGAACUCUAGAAGAAUUCGAAAAAAGGCAUCCUGGUCUGUUGAAGCCGUACCCUGCUUUAAGUGGUCUUGUUGAGAAGAUUUGUAACCUGCCAAGUAUUAAAGCAUACAGGGAGAAGUCAGCACAAAAGAAGUAGAUUUUGUAAAAAUUAUUUAUUUGUCGCUUUUUAUACUGCACUCUCCUGUAUCAAGUCUGUAAUUUUUUAAUUUAAAAUAAAAUAUAAAAUUU